AUGGACUCCCACGCCCCAAACCCCCUUUUCCACGCCCUCGACAUCAUCCUCGCCUACCUCAACCACGGCGACUCCCGCCCCGAAAUCGACUUCCUCGCCUCCGCCGCCGAAGCCUGGUGCCACUACCAUCUCCCUCCUCCCCUGUCCCUCGACCCGACGAGCCUCGACGACGUCCUCUGGACGCACCCGCACCUCUUUGACCUCUCCAUCCGCUCCUUCGCCCGCCUCUACACCUUCGACAUCCAACGCACAAAGCCCAUAUUCUUCCCCUCCCACCAAGCACCCUCCCUCGCCCAGCGAACGACCGCAACGCUCCUCCUCUCCUCAACCUCCCCGGAACAUCACGCCCACGCCCACCCUCACACGCACACGCACACGCACACGCACACGCACAUCAGGCCCCUCCUCACAGCGCAGCACUUCUUCUCCGCCGUCCUCGACGCCUACACCCUCUCCGUCGGCGGCAAAGGUAGGCCCUUCCACGACCGCAUCGUAGCCCAGGACCUCAGGGCCUCGCCCAUCAUCUACUACAUGCCCGAGGUCGUCCGGCGCAUCGCCGCCCUGGACCCGCGCGAGCUGCUGACUACACAGUUCUCGACGUUUAGUCCAAAGACGAGCCUGGGCUUUUCGUGCUACCUGAGCAAGGGGUUCGACAUCGUCAUGAUGGAUGCGCCGCCCAUCGUGUACCCCGGUGAGGGCGACUCGCAUAUAGAGUUUAUGGAUAUUGACGAUGCUGGUUCUCCCUUUGCUGGUAAUGCUGCUGCUGCUGCUGCUCACUCUGGCAAACAAAGACGGAGAGGGAGAAGAGCACCGAGGCCGCAGAAUCAACAUUCCGAGACGUGUCGGGUCAGUGAGACUUUGCCGAAGCCGACACCUGAAAGCAAUGGCGCCAAGAGGAACCCCUCUGGUCAAUCGCGCGGUAAGCAAUCCCAGGGCGCAAGAAAGAGGAGGAAGAGGAAAGCAUGA